AUGGCAACAAUUGCUAUGGAAAGAGAUAAAACAAAUAGAAAAAGGGAUAAAAAACUAAAAACAUUGUAACAUAAUGACAAUACUAAUGAUCUUUAAGAUAAUUCCCUAAAAAAAGUAAAUAAUAUUAAUACUUAUGACAUCUUUAAAAAUAAGGAAUAGUUGAGCGAACUCAAAUCUAUUCAUAAAACUGAUAAAAAAAUAGAUCUAACAGAAUAAAUUUGCGGUUUGAUAAAAACUGAAAAUUCUUAGCAAACAAAAAUAACUUUAAAUGAAAAUCAAAGAAAAAUUUUAGAUUUUCAUAAAGAAAUUAUUUAAGAAUCCAAUUUAGAACCAUUUAAAGAAAAUAAUAAUGAAAAAAGAAAAAACUUGGUUGAUUUUAUAAAUGAAUUUACAUGCUUAGAUCAAUAGAAUGAAAAAUAAUUUGAAGAUAAAUAGUUAAUAAUUAUUCAAAAGAAAACUAUAAAUGAUGAAAUUUAAGAUUUAGAAGAUUAUAUCAGUAAGUUAAGUCAUUGUGAAUAAAAUAUUUUGUAAAGUGAAAAUAAAGAUAUAAAAAUGAAUUAAUACUAAGAUGUAAAGGACUAAAAAGAUGAAAAAAAUUGUAGCUAAUAAGAAGAAUAAAAUAAAUCAUGCCAAUUUGUUAAAUAAAUAAAUUUGGAUAGUGAAAUAUGCAACACCAAUAAUUUGUAAUUUAGCUAAAAUUAAUUUGAAUAAAUAAGAGAAGAUUGUUAGUAAGAUGAAUAAAACCCUGAAGAAAUGAUAAAAUAAAAAUUUUAAAUAAUAAUAUAAGAAUAGUAAAUUAACUCCUAAUUUAAGAUUAUGCAGCAGGAAAUUUUAAACUGUUUGAUUUAAAAUUCAUAUUGUCUACAAAAAUUUGUUUACUCUGCUGAGAAAAUUGAUAUAUUUUAAGGCUUCUAAUCUCUUAAUAACUCAUAGAUGGAAUAGAUCACUUUUAAAUUUCUUUAUUUACCUGACAAAAAGGAAUUAUCAAAUUACAUUUUGCUUCUAUCAUAUUUUUAAGCUAAAAAUGUUAUUUAAAUACUUUGUUAUAAAUAAAUAACUGACUAAAUUUAUAUGAUAGCUUUAAAUUUCUGUAGCUUGAACAUACUAUAAAAAUUGAGUAAAGCUCAUAAAAGUUUUCAAAUUUUAUUAUGGAAUUCUAAUAUUUUUUAUUAAAUUAAUUCUAUGAAAGAUUUAAGUCCUUCAUUUUAAAAGAGUAGAAUAUAAAUAUUGACAGAAACAACAUCUAAAAAUUGUUUUCUUACUCUUUAAACAUCUAAAUCAACAUUUUUUGAUUAAUUUUAAGGAUUUACUUACAUAUAAGGAGUAGUUAAAUACUUGAAUUUCAAAAUAAUUUAUGAUCAAGAUGAGUACUUAAGAGACUAAGAAGUCAUUGAAGAUUUAUAUAAAAACAAAGUUAUAGAAUAAAUUUAAUAUCAAUAUCAAAUAUGUGAAAGCAUAUAUCUAAUUGCUUUAAGUGAAAAUUAAUUCAAUUAAAUUGAGGAGUUAAAAUAAAGAUACUAAAUCCGAGUUUUUAACAAAUAAAAAAUAUUAGAAAAAUUUUCAAAAUAAAUUAAAAAAUUUAAAAGAGAUAAAAUAGAUAAAAUAAUAAAAUCGCUUAAAGAAAAAAACUACUUUUUAUGUGAUAUAAUUGGUGAAGGUGGAUUUGGUUUUGUAUGCAGUGGAUACAAAAAAAUAUCUAUUGGAUAAUAUGAAGAUUUAGCAAUUAAAAUUCAAGAAGUUAAAUAAGAUGGUGAUUAAGAAAUUUUUAAUGAUGAGGUAAAGAUUAUCAGUAGCUUUGAAUACAAUAUUAAGGUUGUAAAAUAUCUUGACAGUUUUCAGAUAGAAAGUUCAAUAAAUGUUUUAAUUAUGCAAAAGUGCAAGUAUAGUUUAUUACAAGAAUUAAAUUAAGUUACCUGUUUUGAAUCUUUCAAAUUCUUCAAAAUUGUAUUUGAUUUAAUAGAUGGCUUAAUAUAGCUUAGAAUGUAUAAUGUUUUGCACCUGGAUAUUAAACCUUCAAAUAUUCUUUUCUCUUAUAAUGAUGAUUAUUUGUAUUGUGAUUUUGGUAUUUCUUGUAUCAAAAAACGAGAUAUUUAAGUGAAUAUCAAGGGAUUUUCAAAUGGCUUUUCAGCUUAUGAGGUUGAACAUAGUGAAAAAAGCGAUAACGCUAAUAAAAUAACAUUUAAAUCUGAUAUUUAUUCUUUAAAUAAGACGUUUGAAAAAAUUUUGCCAAAGAUUGAGCAAAAAAAUUAAAUAGAUAAGGAUGUAAAAUAAAAAUUUAAGGAACUGAUCAAAGAGAACACUGCUGAAAAUAAUGAAGAAAGAUUAGAUUGUUUAGAACUUCAUAAUAAAGCUUUUAACAUUUUAUUACAUUCCUAAAAUAUAAAAUUUUAUGUAAGCUAUAUAAAGAGUAUUGAUAUAAAUUUAGAAAUACUUGCUUACGACAAAAACAAAGACAUUCCUUUUGUUUAAGAAAUCAUACUUUACUACAAUGAAAAAAAAAAUAUUUUGUUGUAAAAAAUCUACAAAGAAGACUUUGACCAGUAUUAAGAAAGCAUACAAAAGAGAAAAACCCCUUUUAUUUCUGAGAUAGCAGCAAAAUCACUAAAUGAAAUAGCAUAAUCUUAAUUCAAUGUAGGAAAAUCUUAGUUUAAUAUUGGUUAAUAUGAAAAUGCCAUUCAAUCUUUUUAAGAAUCUUUAUUAAUUAGGAGAAUGUUUGUAAAUGAAAAUUUAAAUGAAAUAGCUUAGACUUUAGAUAAUAUUGCUUAAUGUUGGAGUCUUUUAGGUGAUUAUAAAAAGGCUAUUUUGAAUUUUUAGGAAUCUUUAGUUAUUUCAAAGAAUAUUUAAAAAGAUUAGCUUUAAAGAACUGGCAUUUAUCACAGAAAUAUUGGAUAUUGUUACUUGAAUCUAAGUAAAUAUAAGUAAGCCAAUAAGAAUUUAUUUAAAUCCCUAUAAAUAUUAAGGUCAAUUUUUCAUGAAGAUAAAAACUGUUACUUAGCUACUACUAUUAAUGAUUUAGGAUUAUAUUAUUUAAUUACUGGAGAUAUUAAAAAUUCCUUAUCAAAUUUUGAAUAAGCUCUCAAAAUAAGAUAGGAACUUUUCAAAGAAUUGCACCCAGAUCUUGGGGAUUCUUAUAAUUGCUUUGGAUUUUACCAUUUUUAGACAGAAAAUCUGGUUUAAUCUUUAGAUUAUUUUUAAAAGUCUCUUGAAUAGUUUGAAAAUAUUUAUUAAAUUAAUCAUAGAUAAGUAGCUGCACUGCAUAAUAAUAUUGGAAAAAUACUUUUGAAGCUUGGUUAGAUUAACAAUGCAAAAAAUCACUUUGAUAAAUUAGAGAAUAUUAUCUCAACAAUUUUUAAAAAAGAUCAUCCUGAAGCAGCUUUAUCUUUAACUAGCAUAGGAUUAUUUUAACUUUAUAUUGGUGAAAUUUACAAUGCCUUAGAAAAAUUUAAUAAAUCUCUAGAUAUCCAAACAAAAAUAAAAAUAGAAAAUUAAGAUCCAUUUUCUAUUUCAAUCAAUCAUGAAUGUAUAGGUGUCUGCUAUGAAUACCUUAGAGAUUACUAAAAAUAAUUGGAGUAUAUUCAGAAAUCGCUUGAUAUUAAAAGAAAAAUUUUUGAAAAAAAUAUAAACAACCCUGAUAUUGCUCUUUCUCUCAACCAUCUUGGAUUAUGCUACCUAAAUUUAAAAAAAUUUUCACAAGCAAUUGAUUACUUUGAAGAGUCUUUAAAAAUGAACAGAUCAAUUUCUCCUGGUAAAGAAAGCUUGUAAAUAGCUUCAAAUUUAAACAAUUUAGGAAUAUGCUACUUAAACUUAGGCGAAACUUAAAAAUCAUUUAAUUAUUUAAAUGAUUCAUUGGAGAUAAGAUUAAAAAAUCAUAAAACUGAUCAUUCAGAAAUCGCUUAAUCGUAUUGUAAGAUAGGUUGGUAUUAUAUGAAAAUAGGUGAUAAUCAAAAUGCUCUAAAUUUAUUUGACUAAUCAUUAAAGAUGAAUUAAAGAAUUUUCUAAAAAAAUCACCCAAAUUUUGUUGAAAUAUUGAAUAACAUUGGAUUAUGCCACUUAAGUUAAAAUAAUCCAAUGAUGGCAAAAAAUAAAUUUGAAGAAUCACUAAAAAUAGCAAAAGAAUUUUUCAAAGAAAGUCACCCAUUCAUAGCUGAAAUUCUUGAAAAUAUAGACAAAUGUAAUAAAAAUUAAAAGGAUUAUAUAUGA